UAUUGCUUUAAAAUUCAAACUUACUAAUUGAACUACUUGAAUAUGUCUCGCAAUUUUCUAAAUCACAGUUGCAGCUAUGUCACGCCAUAAUUUCUUAAAUGUAAAUCGCACCAAAAGCAAAAACUCCGAGCUGCAUGUAAUAAAUAAUUUAAAUGAUAUUAUCUACAAGCUGGCAGCGAAUACGACGCCACGCGCCGGGGUGAGAAUGAUGGAGAGCACGCUAGCCAAGGUGUGCAUGGCGGCGCGUGCUCUGUUUCUGUCGCAGCCAAUGUUGCUGGAGCUGCAUGCUCCCAUUACCAUCUGCGGCGACCUGCAUGGCCAGUAUGUGGACCUGUUGCGCAUAUUCAAGGCAUGCGGCUUUCCACCCAAGACGAACUAUCUGUUUCUGGGCGACUAUGUGGAUCGUGGCCAGCAGUCGAUAGAGACAUUGACGCUGCUGCUGGCGUAUAAGCUGCAGAAUCCGUUAACUUUUUUUAUGCUGCGCGGCAAUCACGAGUGUGCGGAUAUUAACAAGAUGUAUGGCUUCUUUGAUGAGUGCAAGCGACGCUAUAGCAUCAAGCUCUGGCGCACCUUUGUGGAUUGCUACAACUGCAUGCCAGUGGCUGCUAUUGUGGAGAAUCGCAUAUUCUGCUGUCACGGCGGACUGAGUCCGGAACUCAAGAAUUUGGAUAAUAUACGUGAGCUGCCGCGUCCCAGCGAAGUGCCCGAGCAGGGGUUGCUUUGCGAUUUGCUUUGGUCCGAUCCGGAUGACAAUGCUGCCGACUGGGCGCCCAAUGAUCGCGGCGUUAGCGUUACUUUUGGCUCCAGUGUAGUGCAUACAUUUCUCGCCUCCUAUGGGUUUCAUUUGAUAGUGCGUGCCCACCAGGUGGUGCAGGAUGGUUACGAGUUCUUUGCCAAUCGCAAGCUGGUCACCAUUUUCUCGGCUCCAAACUACUGCAAUAUGUUUGAUAAUUGUGCCGCUGUGCUCAUAGUGGACGAGUCUUUGAUCUGUCAGUUUGCCAUUAUAAAGCCGCAGCUACUGCAAGCUGAAAAUUCAGUUAAUGUUAAUACCAAUAAUAGUGCUGUUACCAAUAGAAAACUAUAAACAAUUUGUUAACUUUAAUGUUG